AUGUUAUCGGCAUCUACAUUGACCGACGACUUACAGGUGGAUUCGGAUCAAUGGUCGUUCGAUUUAGCGCCACUAAUGUACCCGGAUGACGAACAGUCUGAAGUUGGAAGCUUACAGGCGUGUGAUGGAGUCUGCAAUUGUCCAUCGACAGAUGUUGUAUAUAAUAUGGAGGACGACGAUGCAAACACAACGGAUUCAACGGAAGAUGGCGCAUACACUGUGGACGACCCUUCACAGAGGCCACGAAUUGUAUGCGCCAUCAGCGAGCUCCGUGACAGACAACAAACGACGACGUCAUUGACUUCGGCUGAUUUUAAAGUGUUGGAAGAGCUCAUCGAAGAGUUACUGGUGACGGCCGUCAAGAAAUCGUUAAACGUACCACCCGUAUCUUUGUGUCCAAUUGAUGAACGGUCGUCGAGUGACGAUGAUAGUAUUUCAUCGCCUGUACCAUGGAUUAUGGUACCGAGGGUCUUGGACAGGUUGUUGGAGUUUGACGAAGUCUCGUCAGAAAUCAAAAACGACGAUACAAAGUUCGGAAAGCACCGCCACCGUUACCGUAGUGUCUCGUGA